AUAUAAAACUGUUUUGUUUUGGUUUUCGUGUCUAUUUUUGUUGGGUAUUAAACAAAACACAUACAUAUAUAACAAAGCUAAAGUGUUUCAUAAUCGCGUUUAAAACGAUCUAUCGAUUAACUUUGGACAUACAUAUAUCGUAGUUCUUCUUAAUGUACUACGCGCGCGCCUAGAAUUACGCAGCAUUAAAAGGUUUACUUAGGGUUCUCCCGAUUCGAAUGCUUUUUUAUUACACAUUUACGUCGAUUGCUCAUCGUGUGCAUAGUGUGUAGAGAUUUUAAAUCGUGAACCAGCAGUAUUAUCUUUUUUCGACAUCAAAGAAAAACUGUGUUAAGCGGUCUUUUCGAUUAACCAAGUUAACACAAAGCUCUAUAACUUCAAUAUGGUCGAGGGGCAAGCUCAGGUUCAGCAGCCGCAACAAUCCGGUUCUGCGGCUGCCGGUGGUGGCGGUGGCUCAGUCAGUAACAGCUCCACCAACCAGGCUCAGCAAAAUGGUGGCGGAGUCUCUGUUUCGGGUGCUUCAGCCAGCACAGGAUCCACUACUGUUGCCGCCUCAAAUGCUGCAGUCAACAACAAUAAUAAUAAUAACAACAACAACAACGCCACCACAAACAAUAAUAAUAAUGAGCCCGAUCCUAAGACAAACCUGAUCGUAAACUACUUGCCACAGACGAUGUCGCAAGAUGAGAUACGCUCGUUGUUUGUUAGCUUCGGCGAAGUGGAGAGUUGCAAGUUGAUUCGCGACAAAGUCACAGGCCAAAGUUUGGGAUAUGGCUUCGUAAACUAUGUAAAGCAGGAGGAUGCGGAGAAAGCCAUCAAUUCACUGAAUGGCCUGCGUUUGCAGAACAAAACCAUCAAAGUAUCUAUUGCUCGCCCCAGCUCGGAGAGCAUUAAGGGCGCCAAUUUAUAUGUUUCGGGUCUUCCAAAGAAUAUGACACAGUCUGAUCUGGAAUCGUUAUUUAGUCCUUUUGGAAAAAUUAUAACUUCGCGCAUACUCUGUGAUAACAUCACAGAUGAACACGCGCCGGAAGCUGUGUCUGAUGACUUUCCCGAUGCCAGUCUUUCUAAAGGCGUCGGCUUUAUACGUUUCGAUCAGCGUUUUGAAGCUGAUCGAGCCAUCAAGGAGCUCAACGGUACUACACCUAAAAACUCAACCGAACCGAUAACCGUCAAGUUUGCAAACAAUCCGAGCAGCAACAAAAACAGCAUGCAGCCCCUGGCCGCAUACAUAACUCCGCAGAAUACUCGUGGUGGGCGUGCAUUUCCGGCAAAUGCAGCAGCUGGAGCCGCAGCGGCAGCAGCAGCAGCAGCCAUACAUCCCAGUGCAGCAGGACGUUAUGGAUCCGUCAUUUCUCGCUACUCGCCUCUCACAAGUGAUUUGAUCACGAACGGCAUGAUACAAGGCAACACCAUUGCCAGUUCUGGAUGGUGCAUUUUUGUGUAUAACCUGGCGCCAGAAACAGAGGAGAACGUCUUGUGGCAGCUGUUUGGACCCUUCGGUGCCGUGCAAUCCGUCAAGGUCAUACGCGACUUGCAGAGCAACAAGUGCAAGGGCUUUGGUUUUGUAACCAUGACAAACUACGAGGAAGCCGUAGUGGCUAUACAAUCGCUUAAUGGCUACACCCUUGGCAAUCGGGUACUACAAGUCAGUUUCAAGACAAAUAAAACGAAGCAAACGUAAUUAUUAACGAAGUUGGCUGCUGUUGUGAAUGCCAAUGCAGCGGCUGCGGCGCUAGCGGCCAACAGUUUUGUGUUGAAGCAUCAGAGCGCCUCAACCGGUGGCAACGCCAAUACCCUACACAAUUUUACUAAAUACUCGUAUGUCAAUCCGCAACUUUUGAUUCACAACCACAACCACAAUUUCAAUGGUAAUACCAACAGCAGACACAACAAUACAAAGAGUGAGCAACAACAACCACAACGAAGACAAAAACCAAUGGCAUCAAACAGCAGUAAAAACAGUAGUAGCUUCAGCAAUAAGCAACAAUUAUUGCCACCACCACCACCACCAAGUAAAUGUCCAGCAUCAAACACAACUACACCCACAAACAGUCGUCAGAUUAAACCACCUUCAACAAACUGUAGCAGCAACGAAACAACCACAUCAACAACAACAAAAAAUUCAACAGUGACUUCCAUCAGUUCUACAAACGCUAGCACGGACGCCCACGAUGUAUUUGCAUCUUCAUCCUCUGCCUCAUCUACUUCGACAAAUAUUUUGAAGACAUCGACGAAGUUCAUAUAUAACAAGCCACAGAACCAUUUUGAGCUGCUGCAGCAACAGCUUCAGUUACAACAGGAGUUCGCACAGUUUCUGACUAAUGUGGCCAACAGCGCCAACUCGAGCGCUGUCAGCGGCGCAAGCGGUGGUGAACAUAGCGGUGGCAUUGGGAGCAGCUCCGCGGGCGCAGCUGCCAACAAAAGCUCAAAUUUUCAAUCGUCGUAUAAUAUGCCCUCGUGGUCUAAUUGGUUUUUCUAAAAAACAUUUAAUUGAUCGGCAUUUUAACUUGCUUUUUCGUUGUACAAGUUGGCUGAUAUUUUAAUUCAAUUACUAAAUUAGCGUGAUUUUUUUAAUUACAUUGAUUUGAUAUGCCGAAUAAGCUACGGACUUUUUAACCCGUUUCAAUCAGCUGCCAACAAUUUUACGAGUAUGUAUUUAGGUUUGCUAUUUUUUUAUAAUUUCGUUCAUUCGCAAUCAUUUAAUUUAAACUGAAAUAAGCUGCUGUUUUUCAACAUUUUUUAAGUUUCGUUGAUCUGACGCUUUUAACAAAACCAGAUUUAGUUGUACCAUCACUAGUCGCUGGCAUAUAAAAUAUAGAUGGUUCAGUCAGAAAGAUAAUCAAUCUAUAAAAUUAAAAGAAAAACAACUAAAAUAUUUAUAAAAUGUAAAAACUUCUAUCUAACACAGCUCUGUAUUGUAAUAUUGAAGGAGCUAAAUUGGAACAUAAAAGAAAUAUGUAUUUGAAGAUACAAGUUGAUAACAAAUAUAAACACUUAUUAGUUUGGUCCUAAAUAUUUGUUUAACAAAAAAACUAUGCUGAUAGCGUCUCUUCGUUCAUAUUUGGCACAUUGAAGAAAAAUGCCGGUCAUGUUAAACUUCAAAAUAUGUUUGAUAUGUUUACAUUAAAUGUACUACUUUUGCUUAAAAUAAAUUACAUAUUCAAAACACUUCAA